GGGAGAGCGGAUCCUCAUCCCGGCUUUCCCGAUCCCGGCUUUCCCGAUCCCGGCCAUGCUCCGCUGCCUGCUCCAAAGGGCUUCCCAACUUCCCAACCUGGAAAAGCGGGAUAAACAAAGCGAUCCCGUGGCCAGCCUGACAUUCCGAGGUGUCAAGAAGAGGACAAAGGUCAUCAAGAACAACGUGAAUCCUGUCUGGAACGAGGGAUUCGAGUGGGAUCUGAAGGGAAUCCCUCUGGAUCCCGAUGCCGAGCUCACCGUGGUGGUCAAGGACCAUGAAACCAUGGGAAGAAACAGGUUUUUGGGAGAAUCCCGGGUGCCGCUCCGGGAUGUUCUGGGCACUCCCAGCCUGGCGGCCUCGUUCAACCUCCCCCUGCUGGACUCGCGCAAGGAGAGCACCGGGGCCUCCCUGUUCCUGCAGGUGUCCUACAUCCCCCCUCCGGGCGCUAUCCCGCUUUUCCCAAAUCCGGCCCCUCCGGAGCCGGCCCCGGCUGCAGUCGAGCUGGACACUGUCACCGAGACGGCUGGAGAGGAGGACACGGAAGAUCCGGAGGCCGUGGGGAACACGGAGCCCUCGGCGUCCUCAGGAGCACCGGGCUCGGAGCCGCCCUCAUUCCCAAGGAAACCGCCCGGGAAUCACAUCCAGGGGGUGAAGAGGAGGAGGAGGAGCUCUCCCAAAAAACCCUUAUCCAACAAACCGCAGGAUUUCCAGAUCCGGGUGAGGGUCAUCGAGGCCCGGCAGCUUCCCGGGAUCCAGAUCCGGCCGGUGGUGAAGGUGACGGUUGCCGGACAAACCCGGAGAACGCGGAUCCGGAAAGGGAACAGUCCCUUCUUCGAUGAGACUUUCUUCUUCAACGUCUUCGAGUCCCCAUCAGAGCUGUUUGAUGCUCCCAUUUUCCUCACGGUCGUGGAUUCUCGAUCGUUCCGCACGGAUUCGGUGAUCGGGGAAUUCCGGAUGGACGUGGAGACCGUUUACUCCGAGCCAAAACACGCUUUCCGCAGGAAGUGGCUGCUCCUCUCGGAUCCGGAGGAUUUUUCCGCGGGAGCCAAGGGCUACCUGAAGGUCAGCGCCUGCGUGCUGGGGCCUGGAGACGAAGCUCCCCUGGAGAAGAAGGAGGUGGCCGAGGACAAGGAGGACAUCGAGGCCAAUCUGCUGCGCCCCACCGGGGUCACCCUCAGGGGGGCCCAGUUCUGCCUCAAGAUCUUCAAAGCCGAGGAUUUGCCCCAGAUGGAUGAUGCCGUCAUGGACAACGUCCGGCAGAUCUUUGGCUUCGAGAGCAACAAGAAGAACCUGGUGGAUCCCUUCGUGGAAGUCAGCUUUGCCGGGAAAACGCUCUACUCCCGGAUCCUGGAGAAAAACGCCAACCCCCAGUGGAACCAGUGCCUGACGCUGCCGGCCAUGUUCCCUUCCAUGUGCGAGCGGAUGAGGAUCCGUGUGACCGACUGGGACCGCCUGACACACAAUGACGUCAUCGGCACCGCUUUCCUCGGAAUGUCCAAGAUUUCGGCCCCCGGCGGGGAGCUGGAGGAUGAGUUUCCUGCUCCUGUGAAGCCUCUGAAACCCUCGGACCUGGAUGACGGGCUGGGAUUCCUGCCGACCUUCGGGCCCUGCUACAUCAACCUGUACGGCAGCCCCCGGGAAUUCACCGGAUUUCCCGAUCCCUACGAGACGCUCAAUUUGGGAAAGGGCGAGGGGGUCGCGUAUCGGGGCCGGAUCCUGGUGGAGCUGGAGACCAAACUGGUGGAGCACAUGGAGCAGAAGGUGGAGGAGAUUCCUGCCGAUGACAUCCUGAGGGUGGAGAAAUACCUGCGCCGACGGAAAUAUUCCCUCUUCGCCGCCUUCUACUCGGCCACGAUGCUCCAGGGCGUGGACGGCGCCAUCCAGUUCGAGGUCAGCAUCGGGAAUUACGGCAACAAGUUCGACACCACCUGCCUGCCCCUGGCCUCCACCACCCAGUACAGCCGGGCCGUCUUCGAUGGCUGUCACUACUAUUACCUGCCCUGGGGCAACGUGAAGCCGGUGGUGGUGCUCUCCUCCUACUGGGAGGACAUCGGACACCGCAUGGACGCCCAGAACCUCCUGCUCUACGGAGCCGAGCGGCUGGAAGCAAACCUGGAGAGGGUCCACGUGGCUCUGAAAUCCAACCGCUCUCCGGUCGAGCUGGAGGCCCUGGGAUCCCAACUGCUCGAUGAUGUCAUCGCUGACUGCAGCCUGAAGCUUCCCGAUGUCCUGGGGAGGGCAUCCAGCACCCACCUGGAUCAGAACCUGUUCCGCUUCCGGAGCACCCACCUGGAGCAGAUCCUGAAGGUGGCCCUGAGGCUCAAGCACGAGAAUCCCGGCCUUUCCCAAAUCCUGGAUCAGGCGGAGGAUUGGCUGUGCCGGCUCCGGGCCAUGGCGGAGGAGCCCCAGAACAGCCUCCCGGACAUUGUCAUCUGGAUGCUCCAGGGGGACAAACGCGUGGCCUUCGCCCGCGUCCCGGCCCACCAGGUCCUGUAUUCCCGGAACAUCUCCAACUGCUGCGGCCGGAACUGUGGGAAGCUCCAGACCAUCUUCCUCAAGUACCCGCAGGAGGAGACGAUGGGGCCGCGGAUCCCGGCGCAGAUCCGGGUGCGGCUCUGGUUUGGAUUGGCUGUGGAUGAGAAGGAAUUCAACCAAUUCGCCGAGGGAAAACUCUCCGUCUUCGCCGAAACCUAUGAGAACCAGACCAAGCUGGCGCUGGUGGGGAACUGGGGCACCACCGGCCUCACUUAUCCCAAGUACUCUGACGUCACUGGCCGGAUCAAGCUUCCCAAGGACAGCUUCCGGCCUUCCGCGGGAUGGACCUGGGCUGGGGAUUGGUUCGUCUGCCCAGAAAAGACGUUGUUGCAUGACGUGGACGCCGGGCACCUGAGCUUCGUGGAGGAGGUGUUUGAGAACCAGGUCCGGCUUCCCGGGGGGCAGUGGAUCCACAUGACCGAUUCCUACACGGACGUGAACGGGGAGAAGGUCCUGCCCAAGGAUGAGAUCGAGUGUCCUCCAGGCUGGAAGUGGGAAGAUGUGGAAUGGGACACGGAUCUCAACAGGGCUGUGGAUGAGAAAGGCUGGGAAUACGGGAUCACGAUCCCGCCGGAGCGCAAGCCCAAGGCCUGGGUGCCAGCGGAGAAGAUGUUCCACACCAACCGGCGCCGGCGCUGGGUGCGGCUCCGCCGGCGCGACCUGGAGAGCAUGGAAGCCAUGAGAAAGCACAAGCAGGAGGAGCUGGAUGGGGAUGGUUGGGAAUACGCUUCCCUCUUCGGCUGGCGCUUCCACCUCCAGCAGCGCCGCUCCGACUCCUUCCGCCGGCGCCGCUGGAGACGCCGGAUGGAGCCUCUGGAACGCACCGGCCCCGCCGCCGUCUUCGCCUUGGAAGGGGCUCUGGGAGGAGUGACGGACGACAGGAGCGACGAUGGAAAAUCCGACGGAAAAUCCGCGUCCACCCUGAGUUUCGGAGUCAACAGACCCACGAUCUCCUGCAUUUUUGACUCCGGGAACAGAUUCCACCUGCGCUGUUACCUGUACCAGGCGCGGGAUCUCAUGGCCAUGGACAAGGACAGCUUCUCCGAUCCCUAUGCCAUCGUGUCCUUCCUGCACCAGAGCCAGAAGACGGUGGUGGAGAAGAACACCCUGAAUCCCACCUGGGAUCAGACCCUGAUCUUCUACGAGAUCGAGAUUUUCGGGAAUUCUCAGGAUGUGGUCGAGUCCCCUCCCAACAUCCUGGUGGAAAUCUAUGACCACGACACCUAUGGCGCAGAUGAAUUUAUGGGACGCUGCAUCUGCCGGCCCAGCCUGGAGCGCUCGCCCCGGCUUUCCUGGUAUCCCAUCCUCAAAUCCGGCCGGAAUGUCGGGGAGCUCCUGGCUGCCUUCGAGCUGAUCCAGAGGGAAAAGCCGGCUGUUCAUCACAUCCCUGGAUUUGAGAGCGAGCUCUCCUCCAGCCUGGAUGAGCUCUGCAUCCCUGCCUUGUUCUCGGAGGGGCUCCUCCAAUGGUCCGCGGAUUCCGACCUUCCCUAUCCGCCGCCGCAGCGGGAGCCCAACGUUUACAUGGUCCCGCAGGGAAUCAAACCCGUCCUGCAGCGCACGGCCAUCGAGAUCCUGGCCUGGGGGCUGAGGAACCUCAAGAGCUUCCAGCUGGCCAGCGUGACCUCGCCCAGCCUGCUGGUGGAGUGCGGGGGGCAGCGCGUCCAGUCCGGCGUCAUCAAGAACGUCAAGAAGAACCCCAACUUCGACGUCUGCGUGCUCUUCAUGGAAGUGCGUCUGCCCAAGGAGAGCCUCUACAGCCCCCCCAUCAUCCUGAAGAUCAUCGACAACCGCCCCUUCGGCCGGAGACCCGUGGUGGGACAGUGCACGAUCCGCUCCCUCCAGGAAUUCUACUGGGAUCCCUCCCAGCAGGACACGGGGGCGCCCCAGGAGCAGCCAGAUGACGUCAGCCUCACGCCCAGGGACGACGUCCUCAUCGACAUCGAUGACAAAGAGCCCCUGAUCCCCAUCCAGGUACGGAAAACGCGCUGGGAAGAUCCCGGAUUCUUUCCAUGCUCCAGUGGAUUUGGUGAGGGUGGAUCCGAGGUGCUGAUGUGAGGCUGGAUCCGCUUGGAUCCAUCC